AUGGGAAUGGCUGGUGACGUCACAGUCAACAUAUCACCCUGUGGUAUUGCUUUUGUGCCUGCAAGUGUCAGGAGGGGUGUCCUUCCUAAGAUGCUGGAGGAGAUUUUGAAUACAAGGAUAAUGGUGAAGAGGAUGAUGAAAGUGUACAAAAACGACACAUCCCUUCAACGUGUGCUCCACUCUCGCCAACUGGGGUUGAAGCUCAUUGCCAAUGUAACGUAUGGUUACACCAGUGCAAACUUCUCUGGCCGCAUGCCUUGUUCUGAGGUGGGUGACAGUGUUGUGAGCAAAGGUCGCGAGACCCUAGAGCGAUGCAUCCAGUUCAUCAAUUCGAACAAAGCUUGGAAGGCCCAUGUUGUGUAUGGAGACACAGAUUCCCUCUUUGUCCAUCUGCCAGGCCGUACAAAGGACCAGGCAUUUGUCAUCGGCAGCGAAAUUGCUGAACAGGUGACGCAGAUGUACCCCAAGCCAGUCAAACUUAAGUUUGAAAAGGUCUAUCUACCUUGUAUUCUGCAGACAAAAAAGCGGUACGUUGGCUACAUGUACGAGACUCGAGACCAACGUGAUCCUGAGUAUGACGCAAAAGGCAUUGAAACUGUGCGGAGGGAUGGUUGUCCUGCCAUUGCCAAAAUCCUUGAGAAAUCCCUGCGGCUGCUCUUUGAAACAAAGGACGUCUCACAAGUGAAGGACUUUGUACAGAGGCAGUUUGUUAAGAUUCUCCAGGGAAAGGUAUCCAUCCAAGAUUACAUAUUUGCCAAGGAAUACAGAGGAGUCAAGGGAUACAAGCCUGGAGCAACUGUCCCAGCCUUAGAGCUAGCAAGACAAUGGACACGAAAAGAUCGCAGGAGAGAACCCAGGACAGGAGAGCGUGUCCCAUAUGUUAUCGUGUAUGGUGCUCCUGGAUUACCUCUUAUUCAGCUGGUGCGAUCUCCAAAAAAUGUCCUAUUGGAUCCUGCCCUUCGCAUCAACUCCAUCUAUUACAUCACCCGAGCUAUCAUUCCCCCUUUGGAGAGGUGCUUCUCUCUCCUUGGAGUAGAUGUUAAUUUGUGGUACAAUGAUUUACCAAGACCAGCAGCCCAGCAAAAUAAAGCAAUAGUAGCUGAAGCCAGUCAUGGAACCCUUGUGAAAUCUGUUGCUUCACAUAAUUCGCGUGGAAUGUCUAUUGCACGAUACUUCACACCCGUGUCCUGCGUUGCUUGUGGGGCAACCACCAUGACGGCUCCAACAUCUCAGGGACCUGGACUCUGUCCAGAUUGUAAGACUAAACCACAGACUACUGUUUUGUGUCUUAAUGAAAAAAUACGGUCCUAUGAAAGGGCACUGGAACAUCUAGGAAAGGUCUGUGAAGGCUGUUUGGGUUGUCACGUCACUGAUAUUGAGUGCAUUUCCUUGGAUUGCCCUGUUACAUACAAGCGAGAAGAAGCCAGACAAGAACAUAUGCUUGCUUCUCAGCUUCAGAAAGUGGUUCAAAAUGUUGUCGAGGCAGGAAGUACAAGUCCUGUGUGAUUAUUGUAUGGUGAUGAAGGUUUAUCCAUUGUAUUUGGUAUUUGCCUUUUUUUUUAAUGGGGGGAAGGGGACAUUCUCAUGGAAAGCCUGUAGUAAAUUGGGAACACAUACUUUUGUGAAGUCUUAUGAAUGAAUAAACACAGAUAUACAUGUGUAAGCCAGAUAAACACAAAUACUCAAUGAUGGUUGAAAAAAAAUUGGUGUACUGGAAAAUAGGUUAAAAACUGGGUGUUAGAAUUUAAUUUUCUUUGUUUUUUCAAUAACUUUCUUGGUUUUUGAAAUGUUUUGUCUCAUUUACUUUUUUGUUUUGUUUAUGAGGCAGUGUACAAUUAAGAACUGUCUGUCUCAUCUGUAAUAGGUUUAUUUUAGUGUAAGAAGAGAUGGAAGCCCGGUAAGUUAGAUUUUGUUGCCUGUUGAGAGUUUAAUAUAAAAAAGAAAAAAAAUUGUGGAUUGUCCUGAUUAUGAAAUCAUACUGUUAGAUACUCUGAUCGAUAAGGUAAAAGGGUAAAGAUUUUUAGGUUUACUGUUUUGUGAUCUCAUUUUGACCUUUGUUGAUUGUAUCUUAUGUAAAUAUUUGUAUUUAUCUUUCUACUGUGUGAAGCCUCUGUUUUGAAGAUAAUCUUUUAGAGAUUGAUAACAAAGUGAAUAUGUAUGGUAAUAAAAGUGUACAAUAAUGAAUAAAACAAUACCUUAAAUGUUGUGACUGACUUUUGAAAAAACAACAUUCAUGUGGGUUAUUGAAUCUUUGACAAACAUACUACAUGCAGCUAUUUUAGCAUGGUCCUGCAAUAUAUUAUGUAAUAUUAAUUGUAAUCAUCAAAUGAAUAAUGAGAACAAAAUCAUUAUGAUACCAGUUUAAUUGUUAUUUUUAAAAAUUCUUUUUAAGUUUUAUUAUGAUUAUGUAAUUUUUUGUUUUUUAAUCAAGUAUAGGUUUUACAUUACUUGUCGACAACUCUGUCACAGGGUAUGUAAAACCCCUGUACUCGUUUGUUACCAUUGAAUAUUUUCAAAUGUUAUUACUUAAGUUUUGUGUUCAGUGUUAUAGUACAAAUGUAUUUUGGAUUUUAGUCGUGGCGUCUUUUUUUUUCUGUUUUGUUUUUCCUUAUUUUAGGCUUUAUACAGUAUAUAACUAUCCUCAAAUGCAGAAAAGUGUCCAAGGGAAAUAACAGUAUUUUGUUAGUUGUGGUUCCAGAUAUGAAAAGAUCGUAGAAGGUGGAUGUGAAAUUUAUUUGGGAAUAAAUAAAAAGACACAAGUAUUUCUUGAAUUUUUAUAGAGGCAUUUUUUGCAUGGUGUGGCUCAAAAUGGGAGUGAAAUUGGAGUUUUUUUCACAUUAUUUAUCAUCUUGUUUUUAAAAAUCAAAUGAUUUUAAUCUCUUCUCUUUCCUUCCUUUUAAAGCAUGCAUCAUUGAUACAUAUCUUUUAUGGUCUUUUAAUGCUUUCUCUUCAUUCUUUCUCUUUCGUACUCUUUUAUCUCAUCUCUCUCAUUUUCUCAUAUUCUCUUUCUUCUCCUUUGUAAGUCUAUUUUUAUCCCAUAUUUGGAAGAUUGUGUCUGCCAAUAAUUAAAGUACAAUUCCUUUCCUUUAUUUUCCCUUUUCCGAUGAGUUAUCACCGAUUGUAUAUUUUUAAUAACUGCAAUUUCGGAGUUUGAGCAAGGUUUUAUCGUGUGCAUUCAAGUGUCACAAAUGUGAUUUAUGUGAUAUGAUCAGUCAAUUUAACCUGUAAAUAUUCUUUUUAUUAAUGAUAAAUUAUUUUUAUUUCAAUUGAUUAUACAGUCUUGGCAUUCAUAAUGUAUGGUUUUAUUGACUGCUUCUAUCACAGUUGUAAAGUGUACACUAUGCAAAACUAUGAAUAUAUAGUAAUAUAAUGUACAGUAUAGUAUUUAUGAAUGUAUAUGGUGUAACUUUUUUACUGUUGAUUAAAGGUUGGACGUUUUUAA